AAACCUACACAUUUUAGUAACGCUCUUGUCCUAACAACUUCAAUCGCAGUCAUGAGCGCUGCUGCGACUAUAAGAAACACCUCGUGGAUGGUGGCUACCGCGGUUGCCGCCGUGGAAGCUCGUUGGAACUAUCCUCUCCGUUUAUUCAACAAAGAUGUCAAGGCUCGUCUACGUGCCAUCGUUGUCACUUCACGUCCACCUUCUUCUUCUGAUGAUGAUGAUGUCGUCAGAGACAAUAGUCAUCCUAUGCCUAAAUCUGAUGCUUCCAUGGAGAGAGUUAUGGGCCUUAGCUGCUUUGGCCCAACCACUGUUCGAUUCUAGAUCUCUUUUGUUGUAUGUGAUUUUUUUUUCAUUUUUUUCACUGUUUUCAUGAAUUUUUUGCAUCUAAUUUUCUCUGUUGAUAAUUCUUGUAAUUUCUCAGAAAAAAUUAUUGAUAA